AUGUCUGUCCGCGCUGUGCCCUCCACACCGCGCGUCAUCUCUCCGAGCCCGACACCCUCAGAGAUCGAUGCAUCGUCAGAAAACUACUUCGGUCCGACAACGAGAUCGGCAACGAGGAAACGCCUCUCCACUCCUCAGCCGGUGGAUGAGCAAGAGGAUGAAUAUGAGCCCACGACAAUGCGCAGAUCGCGCACACGGAGUCGCUCUCCUAUCGAGUCCCGCCGAAUCACACCGAUGACCACCGUCAAGUCGCAAGCGAAACCACCCAAAUCGCCCGUCAUCCCGAGCGAGCCGAUUACAAAUGGCCUCGCCGUCAACGGCGAAGUGAACGGCAACGUCAACCGCAACGGCAAUGGCAAAGCCCCGACGGCCAACGGCCACCUCGCCCCUCCGUCCGCCGCUCCCACAGGCUGGAGCUGGCGAGACUUCAGCCGAAGCCCCAGUCCGCUGGGCUUGAUACCUAUUCACAGGAAAUGGAGGACAUUUGUACACAAGCAUGAGGUACCGAGGAAGGUGCUGCACGUCUCGAUCGGUUUCUUCACACUCUGGCUCUAUGUGUCGGGUAUCCAGACGAGCUCGGUCGCACCAUGGCUCAUGGCUGCGCUGAUGCCUAUCGCAACGGCCGACUACCUGCGUCACAACUACGCCUCAUUCAACCGCUUCUAUGUCUCGGUGCUCGGCGCCUUGAUGCGUGAGAGCGAAUACGCAGGCUGGAACGGUGUCAUCUUCUACCUACUCGGCGCCUGGGCUGCACUUCGUUUCUUCCCCAAGGACAUCGGCGUGAUGGCCAUCCUGCUCCUAAGCUGGUGCGAUACAGCCGCCAGCACUUUCGGCCGACUCUACGGCGCGUAUACCCCGCGCAUCCGCCGCGGCAAGUCGCUCGCGGGAUCAACGGCCGCUUUCAUCGUCGGCAUCGCGUCUUCCUACUUCUUCUGGGGCUGGCUGGCACCGAAGACAGGACCUUUCCCCGGCGACGAGCAGUACCCGUUCAUGUUCACCGGAGCGCUCCAGCUACCCCGCGCCAUCGCAAGCGCCGUGGGGCUGUCGGAUGCUCAGGCCACCAUCACCGGACCGCUAGCGCUUGGGGUCAUGGGCUUGUGGUCAGGCUUUGUGGCGGCCGCCAGCGAGGUAGUGGACAUCUUCGGCUGGGAUGACAACCUGACGAUUCCGGUGCUCAGCGGGGCCGGUAUUUGGGGAUUUCUUAAAAUCUUUGGCUAG